AGGGAGCGAGACAGAGAAAGAAAAAGAAGAAAAUAGUGAUGGGUUAAAGGCAGAGAGGGAAGAAUUAAAAAAUGGGGGCAGGGAGCCAGACAGAGCGUGAUGGGGAGAGACCAAAAAUGGCAACUCUGGGCAACUGCCCCCGCUUCUUGAGCACUCCCCAGGAACUGCAUCACCGGGAGCCUCAAGGAAUGUGCUGCCUGCCAAAGCCCUGCCCUGGGCCCAGUCCUGUGCCCUAAUAUUGGUGACGAGCAUUGCCUUCAUAGUGGCCAGGACUGAGGGAAAAAAAGGACGGCUGGGGGGAAAAAUAUCACCCACUGGUUUUGGGGUUGUUCUUUUUUUUUUUUUGCUUUAUGUUUUUGCUUUUAAAAAGAAUACUAUUUAAGCUCUAAAUACAAACUGCAAGGAAAAAGGAACCAGGCGUACCAGUCUGGACACCUUUAUUCAACAGCUGCACCGACCACCACUCGCUCCUGCUGUACAUGCUCCACCGCCUGCCUGCAGGCUGGGUUAAAGACUCACCCAUUGAGAGAAGGCUCAGGACCAUGGCGGGCCCCGUGGCACUGCUUUCUGGAUCCCGUGGCAGCGAUGGGCAAAGGAACAAAUCCUGUCAAAUCCUGGGCCUGGGGAGACCCAGUGGAGAAGUACCAUGCACUGGAGAGCGUCCUUCAGGGAGGUGACAGCUGAUUGCAGAGCAACGCUGAGAGCUGCCUGACAGCAAAGGCGCCCGGUGGCCACAGAGAAGCCCAGUCCAGGUACAUCAGCCUCCAAGAAAAGGAGAAGUCUGAAGGCAGCAUCCUCCCCAGCAAGUUUUGUUCUAGGCGUCAGUCUGCCUUAUGUCCACUGUGGAACUGGCGCCUGUGAAGAAUGAUGACGAGAGGUGCUGGGACUGCUUUCUCGAGGAAGAGCUACAGGCUGAGCCUUGGGCCAGAGAAGUCCAAGCUCACAGGGAUGGGCCUGACAGGCUACGUAGAAGACAGACCACUGUGGAUCUGGAUCGGGCCGUGCCUGUAGCCAGUGGCCACCCGACUGCUCAGCCGGAUCUUGUCCGGGAGCCUCAAGGCAACCCCACAGGCGUGGCUGGACGCAAUGGAUAUCCAGCUUCCCAGCCAGGUUCCAGGGCUGACGUGCAGGGAGAUCGCACGGACGUGGGUACAGGGAGGGCUUUUCCAGCUUCUCGGCUGGGUCCUGCGCUGGAGCUCACCUGGCAUCCCAGGGGUCCUCAAAGAGCAAAGUAUAAAGCUAAAGCUGAAAUAGGGAAAUCUUCCCAGCAGUCACCAGAAGUCCUAAAGGAAAUCCUGGAGGAAUUCCAGGAGGAAGCAGCACGUGUGGCAGUGCUGUCCAGCCCUGGAGAAGCCCACCACGCCAGGAGAUAUGAUUUUUUUCCAAAGAGUGCAGGUGUGGAUGGCAAGAGAAACACAAAUGCUAUGGCUCCUCAAGAUUUCCGGUACUACUGCAUAGAAGGCGCCGUGGCGGUCUUGGGCUCCGUGCUGUUUGGGAUGAUACUGUGUUGUGUGAUCCGUCUGUGGAGGAAGAGACAACGGCGCCGAUCCGGAGCUUCGUGAGCCCGUGCAGGAGGCAGAAAUAAACGGACGCCUGUGAAGUUGAAAGCAGACGACAGACGACCCUUUAUUGCUAAAACACACACAUAUUUAUAAUCACAUAUUCUGCAAAGUCACUGUA